AUGGUGUCGUUGAAGCAACAGAAGCGGCUCGCAGCCGCAGUGAUGAAGUGCGGAAAGGGCAAAGUAUGGCUCGAUCCUAACGAAGGCAAUGACAUCGCCAUGGCCAACUCUCGCCAAAACAUAAGGAAGCUAGUGAAGGAUGGAUUCAUCAUCAGGAAGCCAACUAAGAUCCACUCACGCUCCAGAGCUCGCCGUAUGAAGAUCGCCAAGAUGAAGGGACGUCACUCUGGUUACGGUAAGAGGAAGGGUACUAGGGAGGCAAGGUUGCCGACUAAGGUGUUGUGGAUGAGGAGGAUGAGAGUGUUGAGGCGUCUUCUCAAGAAGUACAGAGAGUCCAAGAAGAUUGACAAGCACAUGUACCAUGACAUGUACAUGAAGGUGAAGGGAAACGUUUUCAAGAACAAGCGCGUUUUGAUGGAGAGUAUUCAUAAAUCCAAGGCUGAGAAGGCUAGGGAGAAGACUUUGUCUGAUCAGUUUGAGGCCAAGAGGGCUAAGAACAAGGCUAGUAGAGAGAGGAAGCAUGCUCGAAGAGAGGAAAGACUUGCCAAGGGUCCUGGAGGAGGAGAUGUACCUGCCGCCGCACCACGUGUCUAAAAAGCAUAGGUUCCAGCGAAAAGGUCCAAGAAGUGAGAAGAAUAAGCUUUUGUUCGUUAGUGACUUUUCUUUAGCAGAUAGUUUUGCAAUGGUUUUUUUUAUUCUUCUUUGUCAGAAGACUUUCUUUGCGACAAAUAUGAGAACAUUUGACAUUAGUUUUGUCAGCAUUUCGCUGUGUUUCAGUCUUCAAAUACGCUUUUCUUUCAAAUCACCGCAACAAUAUGCCCUUUAUAUCCCCUUCUCAAAACCCUUUUCCUCAUAGUCGUGUUUUUUCUAUUCUGAAGCUCGAGUUUGUUUGUGGCAUGCAAGAAUAAUAAAAAGACUAGGCUUCCUUUUAAAUUGACG